AUGGUAUUUUGUGUGAUGAACAAGAAGCGUGAGAUGCGGGCGCUCAAGCGUGUCGGACUGGCCUCCGCCUCGGCGGAUGUGUUGGCAGUAUGCAAGAACGAAGUCAAUCUCCUCUUGUCCCUUCGUGAAUCUGGCCGUGUCAUCGUUCUCUACAAGUACGAUCUCUCACCCUCUCAACUGGUGAUGGUGCUAGAACUCGCGGAGCAGGAUCUCAAGUCGCAUCUUAAGGUGCGUCGGAAGAGCGGAUCCCUCCCCGACUACAUCGUCACCUUUUUCUGGAGGGAGAUGCUCGAGUGUGUCAAGGUCAUCCACGACCGAAGUGAGUUGUUACUCUGCUGA